UACCUGUUCAUAUUUUGCACAGAACAUAAUCCUUAAAAUCGUGUCUCGAGUGAAUAUAUAAGUAUUGAUCGGCGAUCACUAUAUGAUUAUAAUAAUGUCUGAACGUUUAGCUGUGGCUAAUGCCGUGUUCAGACGUUACGCCACGAAUGCGUGUAACGCGAUAAGUCGGAUUUUUUUAACCCUAGUCAGAAUUCUGAUUUACCGUAAGUCUGCCCGCGAAAACACCCCUGCGACGGUACCAAUAAGCGUCAACUAUCAUUUCACUAGACGGUGCAACUACAGUUGCGGAUUUUGCUUUCACACGGCCAAAACGUCAUUCGUGCUGCCACUGGACGAGGCGAAACGAGGGUUGGCCAUGUUGGCCAAAGAAGGAAUGAAAAAACUAAAUUUUUCGGGCGGUGAGCCGUUUAUCAAGGACGGCGGUCGGUUCAUGGGCGAGCUGAUCCGGUACUGCAAGACGGAACUCGGAUGGGCCGAUAUCAGCGUGUCUAUAGUGAGCAACGGCAGUUUGAUUCGGGAAACGUGGAUGCGCAAGUACGGUGAACACGUGGACAUGCUGGCCGUGUCAUGCGACUCGUUCGACGCCGAAACGAACCGGAAGAUCGGCCGGCAACAGGGCGCGCGCACCGACCACGUCGCUAAGUUGAAUGAGGUGCGCGAGUGGUGCACCCGGUACAAGAUCGCGUUCAAGAUCAACACGGUGGUGAACACGUACAACAUAAACGAGCUAUUCUCCGAACACAUAAACAACCUCCGGCCCGUUCGGUGGAAGGUGUUCCAGUGCUUGUUGCUGGAGGGUGAGAACGCGGGCGAGGACGCCCUGCGUGAUGCCAGUCGGUUUUAUGUUACAGGAGAAGAGUUCGAGGAGUUCCUGCGCCGGCACUCCGGAGUAAAGGCUUUGGUACCUGAGAGCAACGAUACAAUGCGCGAUAGUUACCUAAUCUUGGACGAGUACAUGAGGUUCCUGAACUGCCGGAACGGCAAGAAAGAGCCGUCCGCGUCUUUAUUGGACGUCGGCGUCCGUCAGGCGCUCCGAGACUCCGGUUUCGACGAACGUGCAUUUCAGGAACGCGGUGGCGUGUACGUCUGGAAUAAAAACCAAAUGCCCAGCAAUCAACUAGACUGGUAAAAUCGACAGGGCUGCGGCAUUUUAAUGUAAAAUUGUCAAUUAAGUGUCAUGAAUUGUUGAGAACAUAAUUUUAUUUGGGCGAAUUGCAUAAAACAAUAACGGGUAUCAUUUAAGUUGGUUCUAGACCAUAAUGGCUUGGGGAAUUAAAAAUUAUACAGGGUAUGUAUAUUUAUAUGAAUUUGAAAAUCUAAGUAAUUAGCAUUUUUUUUUAUGCCAAAAAAAAAAAAAAAACAGGAUACAGUCAACAGAGGUGAUUGGAUUAAAUUUUGACUUUCUUCUUACUAAUCUAAGCUUAAAUAUAAUAUCAUGGGUGUACAAAAAAUAUAUACAUUUUCGUAUAAGUCUUUUGAAUAGUUUAAACUCUAACAUUAAGUUUCUUGACCAAAAAUGGUGACGUCAAAAAAAUAAUUAAUUAUAGCUGUUUCAAGUCACCCGAAAAUUUAGGCGACUUGAAACAGCUCUGAAAAUUAAUUUUUAAAUUCAAUAUAAAUACAUUAAAGAUUAC